AAAGAUUGGAAAGAACAAUAUUAUCAAGAUGCCUUACUAUUACGUUCUUCCUAUAGUUGAAGAUGAGCCAAAAGAAGUGGUCUACUCCGACUUCCGAUAUGAAAAGCCGGUAGCCUACAACUUGUUGUUGCCCUCCAUUCAUAGUAGUCGGGACGACAACGUGUUGCUGACAGAGGGCGACACGCAGGAAGCCGUGACAGCCCUCCUGAACUCCUGCAGGGACUCCGCAUCUUGGCCGUCCUCUACAUUCCUCCGUGGGAAUGAAGGUCAAGAAGAUCUUGCUGUUAAGUCAGAAAUUAAUAACCAAAGUUACCAAUGUAAGAAGAGUGAGACAUGUGACGUGAGACAAAGUAAUGUUGGAGAUGCUGCAAAGUCCGUCAAGUUGCCAGCGUACACCAAGGACAGAUCUCCUUUCUGGUCAUAUGAUGCUUCGGACCCCCAUAUAUUAGACGCAGCCAGGUCUCUGUUCUUCGAACGGAAGAGACAACAAGCCGUGUACGAGGCGUUCCCUUCCUGGUACAACCCCACGGGAGCUCCGAGGGUCCCUACUGACUACGAGCUCUUCGUCGCUUAG